CCUAAGGUGGCGGCUUCUUUGGCUUCACACCUCCAAAAUGGGCAGAGGAGCUACCUCUAGUUCUUCAUCUUCUUUUGAAAGCACCAACUACCCAUCUGUAUCAAGCAAGUCCUCUCUCUCUCAGCGAAAGAAAGACCUAAGCACAGAUCUCAGGCUUGGACUUAGCAUCUCAACCUCUCAACAGGAGAACCCUUCUACACCAAGUGAUCAGCAACUUUCGGACUGGCCACCAAUCAAGCCAUUUCUAAGGAAGGCAUUGGCGUCAGAAGAAAAUGAGUGCAGUAGUGCCACCUUCUUCGUCAAGGUUUACAUGGAAGGCAUUCCGAUUGGAAGGAAGCUCAACCUCUUAGCCCAUGAUGGUUACCAUGACUUAAUACAGACUCUUGACCAAAUGUUCAACACUAGCAUUCUCUGGCCUGAAAUGGAUAUUGAACAUUCUGGGCAAUGUCAUGUGUUGACAUAUGAAGACAAAGAGGGGGAUUGGUUGAUCGUUGGGGAUGUUCCUUGGGAGAUGUUCUUACCUUCUGUGCGGAGAUUGAAGAUCACUAGGGCAGACAGCCUAUGAAUUUGGUUCAUGAUCGAUGCUUAUGCGGUCUCCUUUUGUCUCCUUGACACAUAUAUAAUAUGGCGAGUCGAAAAUAAAUAGGUAGUGGAUAGCUAGGUAACUCUAUAUGAAGUGUUGAGAAUCACGUCUGCACAUGUACAUCCUUGGGAUAAAUGAUGGAACAAAAGUUGUCUUUUGAUUGUAAAUUAACGAUUUUCUCAGAUUCAGUGUUCUUUUCUUUUGG